CACGUGGUCAAUUAAGAUGUCUUGAAAACACCUGAACUACUAUAAAACGCUUUUGUCUUGUGUGCAGCGCUGUCUGGUCCACUUGUUUUUUUUUAUGUUGUGAUGGCCGUAUAUUUAUGUCUUUUUGUAGGGUUAUUGCACUUGACAGCCUCCCUACAGGAAGCUGAAAGCAGUACUGUAAAGUGCAACCUAGGUUCCGUGCAAUGCAAGGAUGGUUUGGAGUGUGUGCUCUUUCGCCAUGUAUGCGAUGGGGAGCCUGAUUGUUCCGAUAAAUCUGAUGAAGAGGAUUGUGAACUAGCUUGUAAUGAGGAUCAAUUUCAGUGUGCCCAUGGGAAGAAGUGCAUCGAUAAGGAUGAAGUGUGUGAUGGUAUACUUCACUGUCAGGACCGGUCAGAUGAAGUGCAUUGUUCAAAACCAGAGGGAUGUGUUCAUCUCUGUGACAAUAACAAUCGCUGCUUACCCGCAUCCUUGCUAUGUGAUUCAGAAAGAGACUGCUUAGAUGGAACAGAUGAGGAAAAUUGUGAGGGUGUGAAUGGAGGGACCACUUCACCCACCCCUCUUCCAGUCCAGUUUGUGUCGAAACCUAUCAAGUGCCACUUGGGUUCCAAACCCUGCAAAGACAACAGCGAUUGUGUCCUUUUCAACCAUAUCUGUGAUGGAGAAGAUGACUGCAACGAUGGCUCAGAUGAAGAAGAAUGCUCAUCUACUUGUGAACAGGACCAGUUCCAGUGUGCCCAUGGUAAAAAGUGCAUCGAAAAGAAUCAAGUGUGUGAUGGUGUGCCUCAGUGUCAGGACCGCUCUGAUGAACAGAAAUGUACCAAAUACACCGAGGGCUGCUCUCAUCUCUGUGAUGGCGAGAGCCGCUGCCUUCCUGAAACUUUCCUUUGUGAUGGGGAAAGUGACUGUUUGGACGGCACUGAUGAGACUGACUGUGUUAAGGACUGCAGUGCCAGUGAAUUUAGGUGCACCAGUGGUCAGUGCGUGUCAGCUACAAUGCAUUACCAGUUCCAGUGUGCCCAUGGUAAAAAGUGCAUCGAAAAGAAUCAAGUGUGUGAUGGUGUGCCUCAGUGUCAGGACCGCUCUGAUGAACAGAAAUGUACCAAAUACACCGAGGGCUGCUCUCAUCUCUGUGAUGGCGAGAGCCGCUGCCUUCCUGAAACUUUCCUUUGUGAUGGGGAAAGUGACUGUUUGGACGGCACUGAUGAGACUGACUGUGUUAAGGACUGCAGUGCCAGUGAAUUUAGAUGCACCAGUGGUCAGUGCGUGUCAGCUACAAUGCAUUGUGAUGGCCACCCAGACUGUUGGGAUCAUUCGGAUGAAGAAGGAUGCAUCAGAGCACCAGUCUGCAAAACUAAGCAAAGUUGCCCUCAGAGCAAGGAGUGCCUGGUUGAGGAGUGGCUCUGUGAUGGAGAACAGGACUGCAAAGAUGGCACAGAUGAAAAGGAUUGUCCUGAUUUGGCUCCACUGAGCUGUGGUGAUUAUCAGUGGCCAUGUAAAUCAAAGGCUGUGUGUAUCCCUGUAACCUGGAGGUGUGAUGGCACAAAAGACUGCCAUGAUGGAAGUGAUGAAACGGAGUGUGGGUUGGUGGCAUGUCUUCUUCACCAGUUCCAAUGUGGCAGUCUGGAGUGCGUGGAUCCCUCCCUUGUGUGCAAUGGAAUUAGAAAUUGUGCAGAUGGUUCAGAUGAGGAUGGGAGUUGUCAGAUAAACUGUGCAGAAGCUGAUAUCAGGCGCUGCUCCCAGGGAUGUUUCAGCACACCACAGGGUCCGCGUUGCCACUGUGCAGUAGGCUACAGACUACUUGAUGAUGGAGUGACCUGUGCCGAUGUUGAUGAGUGUGAAGACCACCACUCAGCUGUGUGCAGUCAACUGUGUGUAAACACCCCGGGCUCCUACAAGUGUGACUGUCACACAGGCUACAUAAUGGAAGCUGAUGGACACAAUUGCAAAAUCAAGGGUGAACCCUUACUGUUAUCCUCGGUCCAAACUGAUCUCCUGGUGUUUGGGUUGCGCAGUGGCAGCUUGGAUCUAUUGUCUUCCUCUGCCAAGAAGGCAGUUUUAUCUCUCGACUAUGACUGGCAUAAAAGGAUGGUGUUUUGGGUUAGUCUUGACACUGACAGUAUCAGAUGGUCCUCUCUGGAGAAAAAGACCACAGGAACUCUAAUCGGAGGUGUGCGAGCUGAUUCUUUGGCUGUGGACUGGCUUGGGAGAAAUCUGUACUGGAUUGAUGGUGUGAACAGUCAAAUUAUUGCCAUGAAACUGUCUGCUGGUGGUUCACCAUACAGUGUUAUCUUGGAUGAAGACCUGGAUCAGCCUCGGUCCCUUGCACUGUUACCAGAAAAGGGGCUGAUGUUCUGGACUGAAAUUGGAAACACAGUCAAGAUUGAAAGGGCUGGAAUGGAUGGUUCCGAGAGGCGGGCAGUGGUUAACUCCAGUUUAGGCUGGCCAGGUGGUGUGGCAGUAGACACUCUUCGUGACAGAGUCUACUGGACGGAUGAGAGGCUAAAAGCAAUCGGGUCUGCAACGCUUGAUGGCGAUGACAUUCAGAUACUACAGAUGAAAGAGACUGCCAAUCCUUUCUCCCUGUCAGUGUUCAAUGACAUGCUCUACUGGUCUGAUGCCAAGAGAAGAGUGGUGCAGGUUGCCCAUAAAAUUACUGGAAAAAAUGUUCGUGUCCUCUUGAAGAGACUAAAACAGCCUUUUGGUGUAAAGAUUAUCCACCAAAUAUCACAGCAACGCAGAGAUAAUCCUUGUAAGAUGGACUGUUCCCACUUGUGUGUCUUGGCUCCUGGGCUAAAGGCUGUAUGCAAGUGUCCCUCUGAUCUGAUACUUUCUGACGAUGGUCUGACUUGCACCAACUUGGUUGAUACAGCCUUCCUGUUGAUUUUAUCUCCCUCCACCGUCACUAAGAUUUACCUGCAGGUCCGACACACUUCAGAUGAGCUGAAGGGAUGGCCUGAACAUACAGGUAUGCAGGUACCAAGUGUCAAUGAAGCGGCAAUCAUGGACUACAGCCCACAUGACAACACCCUCCUUUUGGCUGAUGAUGGGACAACAUCCUUCAGCUCCUUCAAACUUAAAGACUUGAAUUUGGUCUCUGAAGGCCAAAUUCUUAAGCUCCUUAGUGACACAAUCACCGCUAUGGCCUUGGACUGGGUAACCUUCAAUAUCUACUGGAGCAGCACCAAGCAACCCCGCUUACACGUCACCUCCAACAGUGGUGUAUUUACGACCAUUUUGAUAAAGGAUGGUAUUGGUGGGGUGGAAUCCAUAGCGCUCCACCCUCCGACGGGCCGUGUCUGUUUCACCAAUAAGGGUCUGCAGGACACAAGCCCGGGAGCUACGGUAGAAUGUGCCAACAUGGAUGGUGCUGAGAGAAGAGUAGUGUGGAGGAACGGUAUCCAACCAAAGUCUCUGGUCUUCUCAACUAACGGCGAAACUAUUCUCUGGGCUGACACUAGUCUCGAUGUGAUUGGAUCUGUUCAACUAGAUGGCUCUGGACACAAAGAAUUAAAGGUAGCUGAUGGUUUGACUGCAGUAGCGCUCAGUGAAGACACACUAGUCUGGAUGACUGUCAGUGAUAAGACCAGGCUCUGGUACACCGAUGACCAGCAGCAGAACAAGUUGUGGUUUGAGGUUGGCACAGAAGUAAUUAGCAUGAAGGCAGUUAGCAAAUCGAGUGAGACUGGCUCUAACCAGUGUCAAAUAAAGAAUGGUAACUGCCAGCACCUCUGCUUGGCCACCCCAAAUGGCCGAACAUGCAAGUGCGCCCAUGACCACAUCACUGUGAAUGCUACUCACUGUUCCCCAGAGCAGCGCUGCCCAGCCGGCAGUCGGUCAUGUCUGGAUCAAAUUUCCUGCCAGCCUGAUGAGAAGUUCUGUGAUGGACAUAUAGACUGCUCUGAUCAUUCAGAUGAGAACUGUGUCAAUGUAAAACACAGGUCUGGAGUCAAGGUACCCGCGCUCACCCAAUCUCCCACCUCCCCGACUGUCCCAUCAACUCAUCCUGUCUCUGGUUUUAGCAGUACCACAAACGGCAGCAAACAACCUUUAAAUUUGAAUGCUCAAAUGUGUAGCCGGACACGCUGCAGCGGAAACGGACGUUGUGUUGAGAUCGGGAGAGAAACAACUUGUGUGUGUUCAAUGGGCUACAGUGGUGAUUCAUGUCAGGACAAAUCCCUGCCAGUUCCAAUUUUGUGUGGAGCAGCUGGCCUCUGUGCAGUGGUGAUCCUGGCUGUGAUUGCUGUCACGAUCAAAUUGAAGAAGGGUGCCCGCUCGAGGAGGGCAAAUCCAGAAGCGGUGAAGGAAACGUCUAUGAAAGAUCUUGACAGCAAAACUACAGUGACUCCUCCUGCAGACACUUCAUUAGCAGACCAUGAAAAAAAAGAGGUAUCUGCGUCUGCAGACUAAUGUGGUGCACGAAGUAUUUUAAAUAAAUCUUCCAUGUUUUGCUGUAA